AGUCGCUCAUCUACUCGCGAGCAGAUCGAUGCAACGCGUCGUCUAUAUCAGUCCGCGUACGCGUUCAAAAUGCGACGUGAUAUCAUCGAAACAUUGAUUCGUUAUCAAAUACUUUUGAUCUAUUGAACAAGUAUUUAAGAAUUCUUGUCAGAAGAAUCAUCCUGCAUUUCUAUUAAUACUACAUUUAUUAAUGGUUUAGUCAAAGUAGAUGCCCUUGAUCGAGUAAUUAAUAGCGCGAUACAAGUUUUCCUUCGGACGAUUUCCACCCGGUAAUUUGAAAAUGUUUCGUAACGCGAAGAAGUAUAAAGAAUUAAAAUGAAGUCGGAAGACGUUCGAAUUUGAGCCGCGAUUGUGAAAACCUAAAUUAUUACUCUGAUCGUUAGUUGAUUUAAAAAAAAAAAAACGGAAUGGGGAAGUUUUGUUCGUGUUUCUCAAGAUUUCGAGCGGUCUUCAGGCCGCAGACCGUGACGGACAGUCCUUUGAAGCCGAUAUGUACCAAACCGGAGUGUCUUCCACGGCCACCUGCCGCGGCCAAUUCAGGGGAGGAUUUCGGCGUGCCAGUUCUGACGAUCACCGACGUGGAUCUAUGCGUCGCCGAGAAUGGCGCGAACCACAGAACGUCGAGAUACGAUUUGAUGACCCGACAGGAUGACAAGUCUAGGCUGGUCGUCAGAAGGGGGCAGGAGUUUUAUUUGCACCUGAGCUUGUCCAGGGAUUACGAGCCAAGCAUCGACGGUAUGUCCAUAGUUUUCACGGUCGAUGGGAUCGACAGGCCUGAGUAUGGCCACGGAACCCUCGUCGCGGUACCAGUCCUUUACCCUGGAGAACCGUUUGACGGCCCCUGGCGAGCCAUCAUCGACGCGAUCCAACCCAAUUUCAUGCGACUGAAGAAUAACUCACUCNGUUCAGAAUCGGACGAAGAACGAGCUGCCAUGUUAAAAGCGCUGCGUCAAAGUCAAUCGCUGUUCAGUCGAUACUAUCUUAACGAAGAAUUCAAUGAUAUCAUGUUCAACUUCGAACUUCGUGACGAUAUUAUAAUCGGCCAGCCAUUCAGCGUGGUGUUGUUGAUUAAAAAUAGAAGCAACUACAACGAGUACCGAGUCUCGGUGAUCUUAAGGGUGGAAACGGUGCUGUACACCGGCCGGGUCGGCGACCCAGUGAAAAGAUUAAAUAUCGAUCGACUGGUGAAACCCGGAGUCCUCGAGGAGGCGCGUAUGGAGGUUUCCUGGGAGGAGUACGGUCCGCGAUUAUUGAAUCAGUGCGCGUUCAACAUCGCCUGUUUAGCUACCGUUAAGGACACCAAUUACGAGUACUUCGCGCAGGACGAUUUUCGCGUGAGGAAGCCGGACAUUAAAAUCAUGGUAAAUUCACCAGACGACAACGGGGCGGUGAUGGGAAAUUGGUCGGACGACUUCGGGGGUGGCACGCCGCCGACCAAAUGGUUGGGUUCGCAGAAGAUUCUACAGCAAUACUAUAAGACCAAGAAGCCGGUUAAAUACGGCCAAUGUUGGGUGUUCUCCGGAGUAUUGGCUACCGUGUGUCGCACAUUGGGCCUCCCUUGCCGGGUCGUGACUAAUUAUGCGAGCGCCCACGAUACCCAGAGCAGCUUGACGGUCGAUUACUUCGUUGAUGCCGAGGGGAAGAUCAUGGAAGAGCUUAACAGCGAUUCGAUAUGGAAUUUCCAUGUAUGGAACGAGGUGUGGAUGAAGAGAUUGGAUUUGUCGUCGGACGAGUCAGGUUGGCAAGCGAUCGAUGCUACUCCGCAGGAAUUGAGCGAGGAUGCUUACCGUUGUGGACCAGCUUCGGUAGCGGCAGUAAAAAGGGGCGAAGUCCUCCGACCAUACGACAACGCUUUCCUCUUCGCCGAGGUGAACGCGGACAAAGUUUUCUGGCGGUACAACGGACCGACGCAACCGCUUAAGUUAAUACGAAAGGACGUAUACGGCAUUGGACAAUUCAUUAGCACGAAAGCGGUUGGCAGAUGGGCGAGGGAGGACAUCACUCAUAAUUAUAAAUACCCAGAGAAAUCGGACGAAGAACGAGCUGCCAUGUUAAAAGCGCUGCGUCAAAGUCAAUCGCUGUUCAGUCGAUACUAUCUUAACGAAGAAUUCAAUGAUAUCAUGUUCAACUUCGAACUUCGUGACGAUAUUAUAAUCGGCCAGCCAUUCAGCGUGGUGUUGUUGAUUAAAAAUAGAAGCAACUACAACGAGUACCGAGUCUCGGUGAUCUUAAGGGUGGAAACGGUGCUGUACACCGGCCGGGUCGGCGACCCAGUGAAAAGAUUAAAUAUCGAUCGACUGGUGAAACCCGGAGUCCUCGAGGAGGCGCGUAUGGAGGUUUCCUGGGAGGAGUACGGUCCGCGAUUAUUGAAUCAGUGCGCGUUCAACAUCGCCUGUUUAGCUACCGUUAAGGACACCAAUUACGAGUACUUCGCGCAGGACGAUUUUCGCGUGAGGAAGCCGGACAUUAAAAUCAUGGUCGAGAACGCGCCGGAAGUCGGUAGAACACUGAAUGCCACGGCAAGAUUUAAAAAUCCACUACCGAUUCCACUGAGGAAGGGUAGAUUUUUGAUCGAAGGACCUGGACUAGACGAGCAACUGAAGAUUAAAUUGUCAGAGCCCGUGGAGGUUGACGGGUACGCGGAAUGUUCCUUCUCCAUGAUGCCAAAGUUCGAAGGCCGAGCGACGAUAGCUGCUAAAUUUUAUUCGAAGGAGCUCGAAGACGUCGACGGAUUCAUCAACUUCAUGGUGAAUCCAGCAGAGCCUAUCGCGAACGGCGAAUAACGCGAGAAGCUCGGUGCAAAGCAAAUCAAUGCAAAAGUGUGUUCGUAGAUUUUUUGGAAAGCUUUAUUUUUUUUAAAUCGCGUUAUUUUUGUACGAAAUAAAUGUUUGACAAUUGACUGCCUUCUCUAA